AUGUCUCAGAACCAGCCGGAUGGAUGUGAGUGCGUGAAGGUGCUUGUCAGAUGUAGGCCACUGAAUAAGAAGGAAGUUGAGGCAGGUCAUGAGAGGUGUGUGUUUGUUGAUACAUCAAACGCAACCAUUGAAGUGCGUAAUCCAAGAGGAAAGCCUGAAGAUGCUCCUCGUCGGUUCACGUUCGACUCAGUGUACGAUGAAAAUUCAACUCAGAGGGAUCUGUAUGACGAAAGUUUUCGGGAUUUGAUUGACAGUGUUCUAGAAGGUUUUAAUGGUACCAUUUUCGCUUAUGGACAGACUGGGACCGGAAAAACAUUUACUAUUCAGGGUAGGGAUUAA